AGAAAUGGGAAUUGGGUUUCAGAAUCAUUUCUCUUAUUUUUCUGUUCUUUGUUGUAUUUCAACAUGUCUUCACCUUGCCACUCCAAAACCAGAAUCAGAUCAUGAGGAUUUUAGAAACAUAGAAGCAUUGGCAUCAAGCAGCUGCAAUAUCUACCAAGGGAGUUGGGUGACUGGUUCAUCUCCUUUCUACGACACUUCAAGCUGCCCCUUCAUUGACAAAGAAUUUGAUUGCCAGAAGAAUGGACGAGCAGACAAACUCUAUCUCAAUUACAGAUGGAAACCAAAUUCCUGUGACUUGCCAAGAUUCGACGGUCUAGAUUUCUUGAAGAGAUUAAAGGGAAAGAAAAUCAUGUUUGUGGGGGACUCACUGAGUGAUAAUCAGUGGCAGUCUUUGACAUGUAUGCUUCACACUGCAGUGCCACAAGCAAAGUAUAACUUGGCAAAAAAGGGAGACAUUUCCACCUUUACAUUUCCUGACUAUGGAGUGUCGGUGGUGUUUAAUCACAACGUGUUCUUGGUGGAUGUGGUUACGGAAAAGAUCGGCCGAGUUUUAAAGCUUGAGUCAAUCACGAGUGGCGAUUCAUGGAGAAACGCUGAUGUUUUGAUCUUUAACACUUGGCAUUGGUGGGUUCACAAAGGCCAAAAACAACCAUGGGAUUACAUUGAAGAUGGAGGAAACACAUAUAAAGAUAUGGAUCGUUUGGUUGCUUUUCAGAAAGGACUCACAACUUGGUCUAAAUGGGUUGACACAAACAUCAAUCCAGCUACAACCAGAGUCUUCUUUCAGGGAAUUUCACCAACCCAUUACCUAGGUAAGGAAUGGAAUGAACCGAAGGGAACCUGCAAGGGGCAAACACAGCCUGUAAGUGGAUCGAGUUAUCCAGGAGGAUCACCUCCGGCGGCGGCGGUGGUGAAGAAUGUUUUAAGUAAGAUGUCGAACCGGGUGGAAUUGCUGGACGUGACGACAUUGUCGGAGCUGAGGAAAGAUGGGCACCCAUCUGUUUAUGGAAUGGAUGGAAAUGAUUGUAGCCAUUGGUGUCUUGCUGGUGUUCCUGAUACCUGGAACCAUCUCUUGUACGCAUCUAUCGUCCUUAACAGUGCUGGCAAACAAUAAUUGCCAUUACCCUAAAAUUGCUUUUUGAUUAAUUGUUUGAUGGAAAGA